GCCCCGGGGGCGGACUGAGUGCGCGGCCAUGGUCUGCUGCCCCCCAUCGGUCCCCGCCCGUCCAGCAUCUUGCCUUGGCCUCUUCUGGCCCGGGACUGCCGGGUUUUAGCUCUCCUCGCCGCCGAGGGUUCUGGCUCUCUCUCGCUAGAGGGAUGCCACCGCCCUGUCCUCCCAUCCUCGGCGUUGCCUUCCCCUCCCUCUUUCCCACUGACGCCUUGAAAACCCUUAUUUGCGCAUUCACUCACGCUUGAGGGAUAACCCAAGCUCAGUGAAUAUGGGCACACACAAAAAACAUUCCGAAACCGAACGCUUGGUCUGCAUGCCCUUCCUGGGUUCCUUCCAGCGCUCUUACUCCCGUUAUAGGUGAGGACCCUUUAUAGGCUCUUUGUGACGCCUCCCCAGGCACACCCAGACGACUAAGCUGCAGUGAAAAACAUGUCCCAGUUCAUUGGUGAAGAGGGAGUAGAAUAUGGACAGUAUUGAAUAAUGCCAGAUACUAAAGGAAGAAAACGUGCGAGAAAUCCUCUUGUUUAUACAAGAGUAACAUUUUCUUAGCCCCAUCUUCGUAUGGUGCCGGACACCUGAAAUGAAACUAGAUAUGUCUUUAAUUUGAAGUCAACGAUUAUGUUACAAAAUAGAAAAUCGAGUCGCUUAAAAAUCAAAUGCCAAGGUCACACAGCAGGUGGAGAGGUUAAAAGAUUAAGAGUUUCUCUAACCACGGCUACCCUCUAAAAGUCACAUUUUCCCCCUUUUUCCAGUCACUCUCUGAAAGAGAACAAAGUAAUUUUCUGAAGGGAAGCUGCAGAAUGUGGAAAACACAUAUUGGAGCUACAUGGACGAUGAGUAAGAGAUACUUACAGAAAGCAACAAAAGGAAAACUGCUAAUAAUAAUAUUUAUUGUAACCUUGUGGGGGAAAGUUGUAUCCAGUGCAAACCAUCAUAAAGCUCACCAUGUUAAAACGGGAACUUGUGAGGUCGUGGCACUCCACAGAUGCUGUAAUAAGAACAAGAUAGAAGAACGGUCACAGACAGUCAAGUGCUCAUGCUUCCCCGGGCAGGUGGCAGGCACCACGCGAGCUGCUCCAUCAUGUGUGGAUGCUUCAAUAGUGGAACAGAAAUGGUGGUGCCAUAUGCAGCCAUGUCUAGAGGGAGAAGAAUGUAAAGUUCUUCCGGAUCGGAAAGGAUGGAGCUGUUCCUCUGGGAAUAAAGUCAAAACAACUAGGGUAACCCAUUAACCCAGGAGAAAUCAAGUGAUCCUCAAGGCUGAUGACAUUGAACAUACGCAUAGGAACAACUCCUGAGGUGAUCUUGAAGAUUUUUGUACCACUUGAAAUAGGCACUCAAGAGUCUAUUUCCAAGGGAUUUCAUGGCCUCUUCUUGAAAUCAAGACUUUUUAAAAGUCAGACAUGAACUUCCAUGUCAUGAAGAUUUCAGCAGAUUUGGACUGUGUUCAACUUGUAAAUUGUUAAAAGAAUUUGAAGUCACUGUCUGCGGAGCUGGUGAAGAGUUGUUUUUUUCAGGGUGAUGUUAGAGACAGUCACCUUUUGAGUUAUUGGCUCCAGAUGUGACUACUUUUCUUGUUUCUGCAAGCCGUAUCCCAAGUGCACUGUCCUUCUGUCCUGGAUGUGUUCCUGGGUCGUAUGUUCAUUUGCUAGUGGGACUACACAUGGCUUUAAUGACAUUUCCUUUGAGAACUUUUCCUCUGGCAUGGUGUAGACUGAGACAAUUUUAUUUAUAUCCUAAUCUUGGAGCUCAGAAAGCCUACAUGUUUUAACAUCUUAAAGUUGCUUUUGUUAAAGGAAUGGAAAUAUAUAUCCAUUGGUAAUAAUGUUGGCAAGUAAUAGUUAUCUGAAUAAAUCAAUCAUAUAAGAAUGUAUAGACAAGCUGGCAUACUUCCCUAAGGCUAACAACACCCUGCUGAAGCUCUUUGUCAAAUAGGUAGUAGUUAGAACUGGAUUACCAUUUUCAUUAUAUAAUACUUUGUACCUCUAGAGCACUCUCCCUUUCUGUUUUUUUUUUUAAGUGAGCUUUUCUUUAAUUUUUUAUGUUUACUUAUUCCCUUCACAGAAAUCAGCAGUAAGCAGUCAAGUUAAUGGGUAGCCUUCAGUUUCAAAAAAAUUGACAGGGAUGCAUGUGAGUAUCUGAUUUCUUAGCUUGAAUAUUAUUCACUUAGAUUUCUUCUAGUAUUUUUUUAAAAACUGUCCUAUCUCAUUUUAAAAGACUUUCUUUUGCUUGAUCCCAAUGACUGUUUGAAUGCUCAUAUAUUUGUUCAAUCUGUUGAUAGAAAAAAUUGUUCAUUUUCCUCAGUCUCAAAUUUAUAAAUAUUUGCUUACAGUUUUCCUAUUCAAACAAUUUGUUAGGCCAAUAUUUUGUGACAUUUUUGUAGCGAUUUUAACGUUUGUGGUUUUGGUUCUACAGGAAAGUCAUAAAUAUUUAAAGGCCUUAAACAUGUAUGUACUUUUUUUUCUAAGUUAUAGAAUGUAUAAUUUUAUACUACAUUUAUUUUGUUUCAUUUGUGAUAUGAAGGGAGAGAAGAAAGAAAAUUGCGUAGCCAUUCUGUAACAAUAUUGUGUAAACCUAUAGUUUGAAGGAAUGCAAGAAGAGGGAUUUCUGUGUUUUACUCAUUUUAGACUGUUCAGAAGAUGCUUCAUAAAUUGUCCUGUUAGAAUUUCCAUCAUGGAAGGUGGUAUGGAAGAAGGUAUGGAAAUAUCUUGUAUUCUAGAAACUCACUGACGUGGUCAAUUAGACAUAUGUUGGUUUCCAGGAUGGAGGCCCAUAUAUCCUGGGGAACUUUGGUCUGUUAGUUUGUGACAAUAUUCAAAGGCCAAAACACUACUCAGACCCUUUCCUGGGAAGAGCAACUAAAAAUGUAAAAUUGGUUAAAAAUAAAGUCUGAAAAGUAUGUAUCUCACAUUGAACUAAAAUCCACUGUCUCAUAAGUUCAUGGAAUGAAAUGACUUUCUGCCUCCAUUUUAAUCAUGCAUAAAAUGAAUCAGAUGGCUUUGAGUGGAUUUUCACAAUGGCUCAAGACUAUAUGAAAUUAUAAAAAAAAGUUGCCCUGGGGUUUCUGCAUCAAUUAGAAUAUCGUUAAUUUCUUUGUAACCAAGUGAAAAACUAUACUUUUUGGAAAUUAUGAAUUUGUCCUAGGUUUGUUUGAGAUUUGAAAUUAUAUAGAUCAUGCUUCUCAUUUUUUAAACUUCUUUAAAUCAACACUGGAAACUCUGUAUUAUAUACAAGUGUAAUACAUGCAUAUAAUGGAAAAAAAAACCAUGGAAUUUCAAAUAUACUAACUAGAUUAUCCCCAGUAGAUUAAUGUUGUGACUAUUCAGAAAAGGUGAAUAAAAUUGGGAUAUAAAAUGGA